AUGAGCUCUGCUGGGGGGGGCUUCCACCACUGCUCCAGUGACAGGGGAGGGGGCUUUUGUGCAUACGCUGACAUCACUCUGGCCAUUAAGUUUCUUUUUGACAAAGUGGAAGGCAUCUCCAAAGCUACCAUCAUCGAUCUGGAUGCUCAUCAGGGAAAUGGACAUGAGCGUGACUUCCUGGAUGAGAAGCGAGUAUUCAUUAUGGAUAUGUAUAAUCGCUACAUCUAUCCUGGAGAUGGAUUUGCCAAAAGAGCCAUAAAGAGGAAGGUGGAGCUGGACUGGGGUACCGAGGACUCUGAGUAUCUGCAGAAGGUUGAGCUGCACUCAGAGGGAUCUCUGAAUGAGCUCCAUCCUGAUAUCAUCGUUUACAACGCAGGGACGGACAUCUUGGAUGGAGACCCCCUGGGAGGACUCUGCAUAUCAGCCCAGGGCAUUAUUAAGAGAGAUGAGAUUGUGUUCAAGGCAGCGAGGCGACGGGGAAUUCCCAUACUUAUGGUGACAUCCGGAGGAUACCAAAAGAAAACGGCCCGGAUCAUUGCUGACUCCAUCCUCAACCUACACCGACAGGGCCUGAUAGGAGCCGAGGCAGUGGGGGAGGGGUCAUCAGCCCUGGUCAAACACAUGAUGAGUGGCUCUGGAUCCGCUGGGUCAACAUUAAACUCUGUCUGA